AAGAGUUUUAUGCAAUAAAUAAUAUAAGAGUAAACCCAAAAAAGUCAAAGCUGAUAGUAUUCAAUCCGAGUAUAGUUAAGCAGCAAAGCCCAGUCCACCUUGAUUACAAAAAAGGCCAAACUCUUAGUACAAUUAACCAUCAAGACAAUAAAAAACAAGAAGCUCACACUAAGCCAACUGGUUUAUUUGAAGAAUAUGUACCUGAUUCCAAAGCUAUGUUAUAUGCUACAAGUAUCUAA